GGUACGGAGUCCUCACCAUCUUAAAUCUAAACCGUUUCCGGGCAUUUUAGUGACCUUGCUCAGGGUACAUACUAUUCACUUAGCUAUUUACAAGAUGCCUGUCGAGAAAGUAAGUUUGUUAUAUACUGAGAAAUGCCCUGAAAUCUAAGAAUCGACCCCAAAAAUGUUCUAAAUAAAUUAUUUUAUCAACUGCUUAUAAAUGUUGUGGGGAUAUUUCCACAGGUGUUAGGCUACUGUUUUGUAUUAUAGUGUAGUGUAGUAUUGUACUGAGUGCACACUUGACUUAGACUUACUUUAAUGAGCUAAUUUUUUACAGCAGAAUUAAAACACCAAAAUCAUAUUUUUAGCCGUUAUACUUAUAGUUUUAAAGUUAUGAAUUUUUAAAGUAAAACUUCGUUUGUCCUAAUAAAAAUACCAAACGAACUCACACUUUAAAAAUUCGUAGCUCAAAAGGUACUUAUGGAUUCUGGUUUCAUUUUUAUAAAUUGAAAUUUGCUCUAAAUAACUGUAGGGACUUCGUUGAAGCAAGGGAGGCGUCGGCGUGCAAAAAUCCGAGUUUUUAAUUUUUUUUAUCAUGGAACUAUUUCAUUCAUAAAAUAAUUACUAUAUCUAGGUACUUCGGUAAGUCAAGGGAGACUACUACUUCUUGUGUAUGGGAUUUCGCAAUCGGCGCCAAAAAAUCCGAGUUUUUAAUUUUCCGAUGUGUGUGUCUAUUUAUUAUUAAAUUAGUACUUUCGAUAUAUAUUUGAGUUCCGUUUUCGGCCUUAUAAUUAUAAUCCGAGUUUUUAAUUUUCCGAUGUGUGUGUCUAUUUAUUAUUAAAUUAGUACUUUCGAUAUAUAUUUGAGUUCCGUUUUCGGCCUUAUAAUUAGGUAGACAUCUUGGCCUACAUUUUAAUCAAUUACUUAUUUCAUUUACCAUCAGUCAGCUUUGAGAAAAUCCUUGGUAAAUAUAAGGCAACUUUCAUCAUUAAAAUUAAGUCGAAGGAAAAAAUUUGUCACUACCAAAUUUUUUUUGCAUCUGGGGAAUCUAUUGAUCUACACGUAUGCCAAUUUUCACAGCGAUAAGUGUCUUACGAGAGACGCCAUGUUUCUACGCGUUCGCAGCAGGUCAUGCAGCUCGCUCAACCUAAUUUCGCCAUGGGGUUGGCCACGCCCCCUUUUUAAUGGCGGAAGUUGCCGAUACUUAGGAAAUAUUAAUUUAUUAUCACUAUUUACAUCAAAAUAAUUGAUAACUUGUGUUUCAGAAUGCAUUUUAAAGACAUUUAAACUGGAAUGUUUUAAUUUUAGCUUUAACAACCCGGUAGAAUCCAUAUUAUAAAUGAUCAGAAUUUACCGUGUGCAACACGUUGUCAUUGGCAACCAUUCACAGCCACUGGCAUAAUGGCUGUAUCGUAGUACUACCUCAGAGUUUCAUUCAUAAGAGUUUGCCGUGUGCAAAAACUAUUAAACCAUUGGUCACGGAAAGCUUUAAUUAAUUAUUCAUGUGCCAAAGUUGAAAGUUUAAACUAAGUCGACCCUAAACAGUAUUUUAGUGAUAAGGCGAUGCGUUGCCUUAUAUAAAGUAUAUAGUCAUUGCGCAUGACGCGAUCAGCGGAAUGAGGUCACAAGAUGUGGAGGUUUCGUCCAUAGUAAAAAAUACCAAACGAACUCACACUUUAAAAAUUCAUAGCUCAAAAAGUACUUAAGCUAAAAAGUUGAUUCUGGUUUCAUUUUUUUAUUUGAAAUUAGCUCUAACUAACUGUGCUAUUAAAAAAAUUAUUUGAAUUUUUUUAAAUUUUGUAUCCAAGUGCCUACUAUAUCCCAGAAUUGUGUUCCUCUUCCGGCCUUUCGCUUUUGAGGAUAUCUUGGCUUACAUUUUAAUCAAUUACUUAUUUCAUUUACCAUCAGUCAGCUUUGAGAAAAUCCUUGGUAAAUAUAAGGCAACUUUCAUCAUUAAAAUUAAGUAGAACUAAAAGAUUUGUCACUACCAAAUUUUUUUUGCAUCUGGCGAAUGUAUUGAUCUACAUGUAUGCCAAUUUUCACAGUUAUAUGUGUUUUACGAAAGACGCCAUUUUUCUACGGGUUCGCAGCAGGUCAUGCAGUUCCCUCAACCUGAUUUCGCCAUUGGGUGGGCCACGCCCCCUUUUUAAUGGCGGAAGUUGCCGAUACUUAAUAAACUUAUUAACUUUCUACUUUGGCUCAUGAAUAAUUAAUUAAAGCUUUCCCUGACCAAUGGUUUAAUAGAUUUUGCACAGGGCAGACUCUUAUGAAUGAAACUCUGAGAUAGUACUACGAUAUAACCAUUAUGCAAGUGGCUGUGAAUGGUUGCCAAGGACAACGUGUUGCAUGCAGAAAAUUCUGAUCAUUUAGUAGGGACCUCGGUAUGGCCCGGAAAUACCCAUAAAAAGGGUAAUGUAAUUUCAUUGUCAAAAUGGCGACCUCCACUUUUUAAUUUACAGAGGGUAGCGAUGUUUUUUUUUUUUUUGCAGAUGUUAGUUUUGUUGGUAAAUUCUACUUCUGCCUUCAACUUAAAGUAGACUUUCCUUUUAGAAAAAAAUUGAUGUUUUGACUUUGAAAAUUGAAGGUAAAUAAUAGCUAAAUUCUCUGUUAUAUUUUUGUGUGGAACACACAGCUUUUAAAAAAAAAAUACACCUUUUAGAUAAUUUUAUAAAUUGCAACAUAUUCGAAAUUUGUGAGGUUAGGACAAGUACAUGAGUAAGAUAUCUUUGUACAAAAUUUUAGGCACAUGUGUCCCAAAAUUACCUAUUAUAGAUAAUUGACAUUUUUUGAAGUAAAUGACUUGAUGUACAUUGGAAAUCCUGCACAUUAGUCAAUAAUAAUUCAUUUUAAAACAAAUUAACAUAAUUGAAUAGCACCAAUACUUAUUUGUCAUAUAUCUGCUGCUUUUUAGGGAAUUAAUUUUGGGGAAUGUGAUUAACAUUACAACUUAGACUUAGACAAUUAAUUAUAUAGUAAAUUAUUUUUAUUAUUAUUAUUAUCUAUACGUUAUAAAAUUAUAGUAUUAUUAUUAUUAUAUAUUUAUAUAUGUGUGUGUGUCCCUUGUGAGCCUAGCAUAGUAUACAGAACAGGCCUAGCCUCAUUCCAACUUAUUAUUGUAGGACCUAUGACAUACUUUUGUAAUGAUAUUUUUUAUAAAUUAAAAAAAAAAAAUUAAUAAAAAUGUUUAAAAAAAUAUUUUCUUACCUUUGAUAUUGAAAUAUCCUAUAUUCACUCACAAAUCACAAUAUUUCACAUGAAAAUUAUUAUAUAAUCCUCAGUAUUCUUAAAUAAAGAAAUAACACACUUUCUGCCACAAUAAUCCAAGAAUUACUUAAGAUAUUACUACAGAACAAUCAUAAAAACUUAUACUUACCUCAAGUAAAUGACUAGAAAUUAUUUUAUUUUCAAUCAACUGCCAUAGUUGAUUCUAUCAAUACAUUUUGAUUUGUGAAACACCUUUACUAACUUAAAUUAAAUGACAUACACUAUUUUUUGGUCAUAUUCAAACAUUCAUAUGAUAUGGGACUAUGGGACUAAAAUGGAUAUAUUGAAAAUGGUAAAAUAAAAAGUGUAAUCUUCAGUUUUAACUAAAUGAAACAAAUAAUCCCUUUAUCAUUUGUUUAUACUUAUAAAUGUUAAACGAUUCCACAGAAAAUUAGAAAUUAAUAUCUAAAUAAUAUUUUUAUUAUUUCUUUAGAGGUACUCUUAUUUAACUAUGUUCCUUGUAAGUAUUAUAUUUUUGUCUCAUUUUUUAAUAAAGUUAUAGGUGUUUUAAGAAAAGGCAAAAUGAGGGUCACAAAAUGUGGAGGAAAAUCCCAUAGUGAAAAAGGGGUUUUGAGGUCCCAACUAAAAAAUUCAUAACUUUUGAACCACUUGAGCUAGAAAGUUGAUCUUGGUGUUUUUGUCAUCUAUUCUCCAGGCCCUAUACUGCUGUAGUAUUUUUAUAUUUUUAAAAAUGUUUUGAAAUUUUCAUCGAAGUGCCUACAUUUAGAAUGUGGAGUCUACAGGGUUUUUAAAGCUCAAAUUAAAACAUUCCAGUUUAAAUCUCUUCAAAAUGCAUUCUGACACAAGUUAUCCAAUAUUUUGAUGUAUAUAGUGGUAAUAAUUAAAUAUUUCCUAAGUAUCGGCAUCUUCCGCCAUUAGAAAGAGGGCGUUGCCCACCCAAUGUCGAAAUUAGGCUGAGCGACCCUAUGGUGAUAUGGGUCACUUGGACAAGCUUAACAAACGUCGGAGACGACCAACAUCAAUGAGAAUUGGCACAUGUAUACUUCAAUAUCUAAUGCUUUACACGAUUUAAUAUGAAAGACAUGUUCUUUUUAUUUCACAAAAAAUUUUGUAUGCGAAGAUGCCUUAUAUUGACUAUACGAUGUUCCUCACUUAAAGUUGAUAUAAAAAACAAAAAAACUCAAAGGGAAUGUAGGUAAACAUUUCUCCUAAUGUGAAUGGGCGGAGUCGGACCUUAAUUAUGGGUCAAAAGGACUCCUGAUUUAUUCAAAUUACAUGCUGAUCAAAUAAUUUAAAAAUCGCAUUCCAUUACUCCGAAGCCCAUUUCAGAUACAAAAAUGAAGUACGUAAUUAAGAUUAAUACGAGCACCGGGGUUUUGUGAUUAAAUUUUAAAAGGUAAUGGGGAUGUUCUGCCUGUCAUUUGUAUAUUUAGACUGCUCUUCAAACUGCUUGGACUUGUUGAUACAUCCACAAUCUCUCUUUCACAUACUUAGGCUUUGUCCAAAUGUGCUCACUUGUCAAUGGAAGGACUUCUUUAAUAGAACAUUAAAAUUUUCUCUUGUGUCUGAAUGAAACCUAGAAAUAACAUCUAAUCAUAUCCUAAAUGUACACAAUUUCUUAAUACUUUUUAAUAUUAUUCAUUUUUUUUUUGUUCAGUAAAACUAAUUUCUUCUACUUUUAUUUUAUUAUAAAUAUUAAAUAUUUGCCUAUGUAAACUUUUUUUGUAUGCCUUAAAAAAUAAUUACAAAGAUGUUGUUUGUUUAUUUGAUGUCUUUGAUUUAUGAUUAAAUGCCUUGCCGUAUUAAGGUUUUUAAAAUACUAACUUAAAUUAGGCCUGAAACUGUAAGACUCUCUAGCCAUACACUAAUAGGAUAAUAACUGUUCUUAAUACUGAGACUUAGACCUAUAUUCUAUAUGUAACAUUAACAUGUUAUAUAGGCUCGGAGUAAUUUAGUAAUGAUAUAUAAUUUAUAUUCUCUAUAUUUAUUAAUUUAUAAUAAUAGUUAAUAGUUGAACAGUGUUACUAAUGAUAGAUUACAAUUAUUCAAACUAUUAUUGAUUUAAUAAAGAAGAAUGGAUAAAUGGAUAGUCAUACACUUACAAAAUUUAUUAUUGUGAUUGAUACUAGUAUUAUGACUAACCUAUGCAUAUUAUUAUAUAAUGAUUUAUGUAAAUCAAGGAUCAAAACUUGUCCGAAAUUCACUAAACUACAGACUACAACUAAGUAAAAUUUAUAAAAAAUAUUUAAUCAAGUGGGUUGUAUUAAUGUCUAAUACUAAUAAUAUUGAAAACUGUUUCCCAUUCACUAACUGAUUACUGUUCCACAUAUUUUUAAAGAUGAACAAUAAUGAAAAUAUUUCUGUACCUUAAUAUUAAAAUGAUAAGAGCCAUUUCCGAUAGCCCAAAUGUUUUUUUCAGGGGGAAUAACUGAUGAUAACCUUUGAUUUAACAUGCUUUUCUGCAGUCUUUUGGUUUGCUUUGUUUACUGCCAUGGUAAAUUCAGUAUCCACCAUUAUUUAAUUAAAUUUAAUAUAUAAGUGCUUUUAAAUAAAUUAAUUAAUGACUAUAAUACACAGCCAUAUUUUAUGACCAUUUAUUUGAUUUUUCCAGCUAGAGGAGUCGAAAAUCAUUAAAGUAUUUUAAGCUUUCUCAAAUAUUUUCUUUUUGUUUGGCUUUGUUUUGUUGUUGUUUUUUUGGUCUAUACUAUAUUUUUUUUUAGUUUUGUUAGUUAUUUCUAUAACAACACAACUUCUGUACAAAAAAUUAAAUGAGAAUCACACUUCAAAGAGUGUAUUUAUUGGAAAUUUCAAACGACUAUUUUGAUAAUGUGUGAUUUUCUUAAACAUGUUAGUAUUUUUCUUGCAUAAUACUUAGAGACCAUUGAGCGUGUCAUUGUAUACCCUUUUUUUAUACUGCAGUUACUGAACAAGACCAUAAGCAUACAUCUAAAAUGUAUCCAUUAACCAGAAUAUCUCCAAAUUUACUUUGCAUUUUAAAAACGUGCAUGUAACCUAAUUAUAUUACAUUUUAAAGUUAAUAACCAAAUCUUGUUGGACAGAUAUUAGUGUUGAGACCACAAAGAUGAGUCUUUUAUUGUUUGUAGAUAAAUUUAAAGAUGUUUACAUCAUAUUAUUUGGCAUUACUAAUAUAUGUAUUAAAAAUUAGUAUUAAAUAAUACUGAAUAUGCAUUUGGAUAUAACAAGUUUUUAAAUUACAAUCAGCACUUUUUAUAUCUAGAGGGCAUAAGUGAAAACUCUUGUUUCAACAUCAAAAUCCUCUUGUACUUUAUCUAAUUAUUGGUUUCCAUUUUUUAUUUUGCGCCGCUUUAUUUCAAAGUUGAAUUCUUGUUAUUUAUAUGCACUAAGUUUCUGCCUGCAUUAGUUCUUAGUACAAGGAGAGUAACAUGUGGUGUAAAAUGAAAUUAUUUUUGAAAAAGAGGAGAAUAUCUUAAUGCUUUUCAUAUUUUAUUGUCUGUUAGUGUUGGGCAAUAGCAUGUAGUAGGUAGAGGUUGUUGCAUCUGCCCCGAUCCACCCCUGUGCAUAAGCAUAUAGUUAGUGAAUGGGUUAAUGUAAAUCUAACUGAAAUUUGUGAAAAUUAUAAUUUACUUUGUCUAGCUGAAGUAAUGACAAUGUUGAAAAUAGAGAGAUUUACUAUUUUCAUCAAUUUGGAGAUGUCAUUACUAGUCUAAUAGGGACUUCCAAAACUUGUACUCCUUGUGGCUUUGUCCAUUUCUAAUUUACUACCUUUAACUAUAUUUAAAAUUGAUACUUAUUUAACUACUGCAAUAAAAUCGCCUCAUGGUAUAUGUAUUUGUAGCUUAUAGUGUUUAGAUUUUCACAAAGAUUCAAUGAACUUAUUAAUGCUGUGUUAUGUCCUUUGAUUUAACAUGCUUUUCUGCAGUCUUUUGGUCUGCUUUAUUUACUGCCAUGGUCAAUGCAGUAUCGACCAUUAUUUAAUUAAAUUAUAUAUCUAUGUGCUUUUAAAUAAAUGACUAUAAUACACAGCCAUGUUUUAUGACCAUUUAUUUUAUUUUCCUAGCAGGAGAAGUUCAAAAUCAUUCAAGUAUAUAAGCUUUCUCAAAUAUUUUCUUUUUGUUUGACUUUGUUUUGUUGUUUUGUUUUUUUUUGGUCUAUAUUAUAUUCUUAGUUUUGUAAGUUAUAAUUUCUAUAACAAUACAACUUCUGUACAUAAAAUUAAAUGAGAAUCAUACUUUAAAAAGUGUAUUUAUUGGAAAUUUCAAACAACAAUUUUAAUAAUGUGAUUUAAAAAAAAAAGUUAAUGAUUUCUUAAAAAAUGUUAGUAUUUUUCUUGCAUAAUACUUAGAGACCAUUGAGCGCGUCAUUGUAUACCCUUUUUUAUUCUGCAGUUACUGGACAAAACCAUAAGCAUACAUCUAAAAAGUAACCAUUAACCAGAUUAUCCCCAAAUUUAUUUUGCAUUUUAAAAACGUGCAUGUAGCCUAAUUAUAUUACAUUUUGAAGUUAAUAACCAAAUAUUGUUGGACAAAUAUUAGUGUUGAGACAAGAAAGAUGAGUCUUUUCUGGUUUGUAGAUAAAUUUAAAGAUGUUUACAUCAUAUUAUUUGGCAUUACUAAUAUAUAUGCAUUAAAUAAACGUAUUUUAAAAAAAAAUAGAUAGAGCAGAUAUGAGUAAUAAAAUGAUAAUGAUUCUAAAAGGAAGUAAAUGAUGAUUCUUAAAGGCAGUAUAUAACUGAACAUGUUAUAAAUAUAGAAAACACUAUUUACAUUGUGCAAUUUUUAGUGCUUACAUUCACUAACCCGCAAAUGUUAUUUGCUGUAUAAAUAAAUUAAUAAAUUAUUUCUCAGAGAAAGUUAUGUGGAUUGAGUAUAACGUACCGGUUUGUUGUUUUUCCAAGUCAGAUGACUUAAAUUUUUAACAUCUGACCUGAAAUUCUCUUUCUUUCCCUAAUACGCCAUAAAAAUAAUUGAGAGAAAAGUUCUUAAGUUUUUUUUGUAUGUAUAUAUAUAUAUAUAUAUAUAUAUAUAUAUAAAGAUUUUUGUGUAUAUAUAUAUUACUCACGGGGGCACAAUCUAUAAUAAUGAUAAUUCGAGAUGCACAGACUUUGAGGGUUCUUUUACCCACAUGUAUCAUGUUACUUUUUACUAUGUUAUAAUAACUUAUAAUGUCUAGGAUCUGUCUCCUUAUCAUGUUUUUCAACUCAAACUAUUUUAUCAAUUAUUUCCAGUUCUGGGUUUAUCAUCAUAAUUUCAUAAAUGUGGAUUGGAUAUGCAUAAUUUAAUUCAAUAUAUGAAUGAAAUGUAUUUUUUAUGUACAUGUACCAAAAAUUGAAUUGAUAAACCUAAUUGAAUGCAAGAUCAAUGAACUGCAUGCAAAUAAUUUUCCUUCAUUUCCUAUGCAGAUCCGAGGUGGUGGUGAGCUUUUCUAUCAUCCAUGGACUGCUUAUUCAAAAGUUCAGCAAUUCCCUUUUGCUUUUUAUUGGAAAUAUGGAAGGGCAUUUAGAUAUUACUUUUAUACCGGUGCCUUACUAUUGCCAUUGUAUGCAUAUUUGACCAAACUAAGUAAGUACAUUAAAGAACAACUAUAACUACAUUAAUUUUGAUUAAUUAGUUUGUCUUAUAAUUAGACAUACAUUUCUUCUUAAAAAGACAAAUUCAUAAAUCAUAAUUAAUUAUGAUUUAUUAUAAUUCAUAGUAACUAGCAAUUUAAUUUUAACAGCAAAACGUGAAUACAUGUAAAUGUUUUAAAAGAUUUUUUAUCGUGAUUCAGGCUACUCUCCAGCAAAUGUGAAGCAAUGGGAGGAAAUUAGAGCUAAGAGGCACCGUAAGUGAUAUUUAAUGUGUCAAUAUGUAUCAAAUUUUUAUUUUGAAAUUGAUUUUACAUGAUCAUGAUUGGGUCUAACUGAUCAAAUAAUUUCUCUAUUAAACAAUGAAUUCUAAAAUUUUAGUAGUAUUUAAGUCAAGAUUGUAAUUAUACCGGUAUAUAAGGAAAGGCAUAAAACAAUGAAAGGGAAGACCUAAAUAAAAGACUAUGAAAGAAAUGUAAGUGUCUGCAAAAAGUUACAUGCCGACACAUCUGUUGUUUCAUUUUCCAAUUGCAAGGUUUCUCCUUCCUUGUACUUAUUUCCUUUUGCAUAACCUGACAGCUUUUUCUUUAAUUUAUAUAGCUUUUCAUAUUAACUUUGAAUAAUUGCAGUGAUUGUAUACAGUUUUAUCUCAUGUAGUUCAUUUGAGAAAUUGAUUCAUUUCCAAUUAAUUUUUAAAAUCCUUUAUUCUUUAUAGACACAUUCUUUGAUCUACCACAUGACUAAAGAAUGAUACCAAGAAAUAGAGUCACAGUGUCUGUAUGUGUAGGACAGAUCAAAAAACUUUUUGAUCUAAUUACUGCUUACGUGGAUGUCAUAAAUUUAUUAAAUUUAAAGUGAUAUAAUUCACUUGUAUUCAUUUUAAUUUUUUGGUUGUUUUUUUCUGACAAAUAUGACUUGCAUAUUGGCAAAAAGUUCAUUUAAUUUAGUUAGCGAAUAAAACUAACAGCGACAUACACUUUGUAAU